AUUCAAUAUCAAAAUGUUCCCAAGCAAGACUGCUGUGGGCAGUUUAUUAGUAUCUGUUCUUAUUGCAAAAUACUUUAUGACCACACAGCAAAUUAUCAGUCAAAUUCUGUUGAUGACCAAAUGGGAUCCUUUCUGGAAAACUCAAGUCUGUAUAGGAUCCAACUGUAAAGCGGCUGCAGCACAGUGUUUCACAAAUAGUAAAUGUAUCCAGACUAUUGGUUGCAUAAAUACCUGUAUGCUGGAAAAUAUUGACCGGGAAGAUAAGGUGGCAUCCUGUGCAUAUCUCUGUGAGAUGACCCAUGGUUAUGAGAACCCUCAGUUUAUGGCAAUGAUUGAGUGUAUGCUGGAUAAUAAGUGUUUAAAACAAUAUCCUGAUGAUGGUCCUUGUGUAGGCUCUAACAAGGAUGCUAUAACCUCAGUCAAAACCAUGGAGGACAUAGAGGGUGACUGGUGGGUAUUACGAGGUGUGAACUGUGGAGAAUCUCCCUACCCUGGAGGAUAUGAUUGGUAUCCUUGUCAGCAUGAGAGAUUUAUCAAAACCGAAUCUGGACAAUGGAUCAACAACGUGACCUACUGUGGAGGAAAGCAUAAUGGUUGCUCUACAGAUAUUAUUGUUACUAUUGCUAAUGUUUCCAUGCCACACCCUGGAGUUGUUAAUCAUGUUUAUACAGAUGCACCUCUUGAACCUCAGGUUGAGGAUUGGAGACUAGUAAGUAUGCCAUCUCCUGAUUAUGCGCUUAUGCUGUGGUGUGGUCGUCUUCCUGUUCUAGAUUAUGCCGGGGGAAUAGUCAUCUCAAAACACAGGAAUGACAAGAAUAUGCCUGAGUCAGUGUUAAAAGAAUUCAGGAGAGUUCUGAAAACCCAUGGACUUGACUGGGACAAAAUGUGCCCAAGUGACAAUGAUCACUGUCCUGUUUAAUUAGACAGUGAUCACUGCCCUGUUUAAUUAGACAGUGACCACUGACUUGUUAAAUUAGACAGUGAUAACGGCCCUGUUCAAUUAGACAAUGAUCACUGACAUGUUUAAUUAUACAGUGAUCACUGCCAUGCUUAAUUAGACAAUGAUCAUUGCCCUGUUUAGUUAUACAGUGAUCACUGCCCUGUUUAAUUAGACAGUGAUCACUUCCCUGUUUAAUUAAACAGUGAUCCAGGCCCUGUUUAAUUAUUCAGUGAUCACUGCCCUGUUUAAUUAUUCAUUGAUCACUGCCCUGUUAAAUUAUUCAUUGAUCACUGGCCUGUUUAAUUAAACAAUGAUCGAAUAGACAUUCCAGAUCUCUUUUGUCUGAAAAAAUGCCAAUCAUCUUCCAAUAUAUUUGUUACACAUAGAAAACAUUAAAACUUGAAUGCUGUAAAAAUUUUAUAACCUUAGAGGAAAAAUUUGAUUUUUUAAAUCUAUUAACUAUUCAAUUAAAAUCGAAUGAAUGCAUGAAUAUUUUUACUAAGUAGUUAUUUUUUUUCGAUGAAAACUUAGUUUAUAGAUUGUAAUAUAGGUUCAAGUAAAUAUUGUAUUCAAGCACA